GUCCCCGCCGCAGGCCCGGAGAAGGGACCGCCGGGCCCCAGGUGGCCGGCGGGGCGGGCACGGCGCACCGCCCCCGCGGUUCCCUCCCGGUCCUCCAGUUCGUCGGAGUCGCGCGCUCGCACCCCGCAGUCCGGACGGUUUGCGAACGGCGGGAACGGCACCGCCGCAAGCUGGCCAUGAAGAGCCUCAAGUCCCGUCUGAGGAGGCAGGACGCCCCCGGCCCCGCGUCGGCAGCCGCCAGUCCGCAUGCAGCAGAAUGGAACAAAUAUGAUGACCGGCUGAUGAAAGCUGCAGAGAGAGGGGAUGUGGAAAAAGUGUCCUCCAUCCUUGCUAAAAAGGGAGUAAACCCAGGCAAGCUAGAUGUGGAAGGCAGAUCCGCCUUCCAUGUUGUGGCCUCUAAGGGGAAUCUUGAGUGUCUGAAUGCCAUCCUUAUUCAUGGAAUUGAUAUUACAACCAGUGAUACUGCAGGAAGAAAUGCUCUUCACCUGGCUGCUAAGUACGGACAUGCGUUGUGCCUGCAAAAGCUUCUACAGUACAAUUGUCCCACCGAGCAUGUGGACCUGCAGGGAAGGACGGCGCUUCAUGAUGCAGCAAUGGCAGACUGUCCUUCUAGCAUCCAGCUGCUGUGUGACCAUGGGGCCUCUGUGAAUGCCAAAGACAUAGAUGGGCGGACACCGCUUGUUCUGGCGACUCAGAUGUGUAGGCCAGCAAUAUGCCAACUGCUUAUAGAUAGAGGGGCGGAAAUUAAUUCCAGGGACAAACAGAACAGAACUGCUCUCAUGCUGGGUUGUGAGUAUGGUUGCAGAGACGCGGUAGAAAUCUUAAUUAAGAAUGGUGCUGAUGUAAGCUUGCUGGACGCCCUUGGCCAUGAUAGUCCUUACUAUGCGAGAAUCGGUGACAACCUGGACAUUCUGACACUACUGAAGACUGCGUCAGAAAAUACCAGCAAAGGGAGAGAACUUUGGAAGAAAGGACCAUCUUUGCAACAGCGGAAUUUGACACACACGCAAGAGGAAGUAAACAUGAAGUGUAGCCCGAGAGAGCAUCAAAGCAUGCAGGAUCUGGAGAUUGAAAAUGAAGAUUUGAAAGAGAGGUUGAGAAAAAUUCAGCAAGAACAGAGAAUACUUUUGGAUAAAGUCAAUGGCUUACAGUUACAACUGAAUGAGGAAGUAAUGGUUGCUGAUGAUCUGGAAAGUGAGAGAGAAAAGCUGAAGUCCCUUUUGGCAGCUAAAGAAAAGCAACAUGAAGAAAGCCUAAGAACGAUUGAAACUCUGAAAAAUAGGUUUAAAUAUUUUGAGAGUGAUCACUCAGGAUCAGGAAGUCAUUUCAGAAGAGAAGAUACACUUCUUAAACAAGGUCAAAUGUAUAUGACAGACACACAGUGCACCUCCACAGGUGUGCCAGCCCAUAUGCAAAGCAGAUCCAUGUUAAGACCACUGGAGUUCUCUUUACCCAGUCAAACCUCCUACUCUGAAAGUGAGAUUUUAAAGAAAGAGUUGGAAACAAUGCGAACUUUCUAUGAUUCAGCAAAGCAAGACCGACUCAAGCUCCAGAACGAACUGGCUCACAAGGUGGCCGAGUGCAAGGCCCUCGCGCUAGAGUGUGAGAGAGUCAAGGAGGACUCAGAUGAGCAGAUAAAGCAGUUGGAGGAUGCCUUGAAAGAUGUCCAGAAGAGGAUGUACGAGUCCGAAGGGAAGGUUAAGCAGAUGCAGACACAUUUCCUUGCCCUCAAGGAGCACCUCACCAGUGAGGCCACUGCAGGGAACCACAGAGCCACGGAGGAGCUGAAGGACCAGCUGAAAGACCUGAAGGCCAAGUAUGAAGGUGCCUCCGCAGAGCUGGGGAAGUUACGAAACCAAAUCAAACAAAAUGAGAUACUGAUGGAAGAGUUUAAGAGGGAUGAAGGCAAGUUGAUGGAAGAGAAUAAGCGAUUGCAGGAGGAAUUUAGCAUGUGUGAAAUGGACCGAGAGAAGAAAGGAAGAAAGGUCACAGAGAUGGAAGGGCAAAUGAAGGAACUGUUGGCAAAAGUGGCCUUUUCCAUUCCAACGGAAAAGUUUGAAAACAUGAAGAGCCUGCUAUCCAGUGAAGUGAAUGAGAAAGCACAACAACUAGUAGAGAUGGAGAAAGAGUAUGAGAAGUCACUUAGCGAGAUCAGACAGCUGAAGAGGGAACUUGAGAAUGUGAGGGCCAGGCUGGCUCAGCACAUCAGACCAGAGGACCAUGAGCAGCUCAAGAGCCGGCUAGAGCAGAAGUCAGGAGAGCUGGGGGCAAAGGUCACCGAGCUCACACUGAAGAACCAGGCUCUGCAAAAGGAGGUGGACAAGGCACAUGUGGAUAAGAAGGCCCUCAGCCAGCAGGUGCAUGACCUCACCGCCGAAAUGAAGAAUCACUACAUCCCUGUAAAAGUAAGUGAAGAGAUGAAAAGGUCGCAUGAUGUCAGUGUUGAUGGUUUGAAUAAAAAGCUUUCAGAGGUUACACAAAAAUACACAGAAAAGAAGUUGGAAACUGAGAAGCUGCUGAUGGAAAAUGACAGGCUAAGCAGGAGUGUCAACCGCCUGGAAACUGUGUUCAUACCUCCCGAGAAGCAUGAAAAGGAGAUAACAGCUCUGAAAUCCAGUAUCGCCGAACUUAAGAAACAGCUGUCUGAACUGAAUAAGAAAUGUGGUGAAGACCAAGAGAAAAUCCACGCACUCAUGUCUGAAAACACUAGCUUGAAAAAGUCUCUGAGUAACCAGUAUGUGCCAGCCAAAACCCAUGAAGAUGUUAAAACUGCAUUGAGCAGCACGCUGGAGAAGACUAACAAGGAAUUACUUGAUGUAAAGAAGAGGUUUGAAGAUGUAAAUCAAGCAUUUGUAAAAAUAAAAGAUGAGAAUGAAGUCUUAAAAAGGAACCUGGAAAACACUCAGAACCAAAUGAAAGCCGAGUACAUCAGCCUGGAGGAGCACGAGGGGAAGAUGAGCACUGUGAGUCGGAGCCUGAAGGAGGCACAGGAGGCAAAUGCUGCCAUCCUGGCUAACUACAACCAGGGCCAGGAAGAGAUUCGGACGCUGCAUGCUGAAAUUAAGGCCCAGAAGAAGGAACUUGACACGAUCCAGGAAUGCAUCAAGCUAAAGUAUGCUCCGAUUAUUAGCUUUGAAGAAUGUGAGCGGAAAUUCAAAGCAAUAGAGAAAGAGCUAAGAGAGCAGUUGUCCGAGCAGACACACAAGUGCAGUAUCAGAGAAGAGGAGGUCAAGGUGAGCAGGGAGGAAAACAACAGGUUAAAGAUGGAGAUUUCCACUCUUCAGGAAGAGGUGAAAGAGAAGAAUGCUGUGAUGGAGAAUGCCCGGGACGUGGAGAGAACACUAAGCAGGAAAGCAGGAGAGCUGAGCCAACAACUGAAACAUCUGUCACAGAAAUAUACCCAGGUGCAGAGUGAGAAGGAGAAGCUGAUGGAAGAAAAGGCCAAACAGACUUCUGAGACCCUCGCCACCCAAAAUCUCCUGCAGAAACAGCACAUCCCCUUGGAACAGGUUGAGGCUCUGAAGAAGUCUCUCAACAGCACAAUUGAGAAUUUAACAGAGGAGCUGAAGAAUAAGCAGAGAUGUUAUGAGAAGGAGCAGCAGACAGUGAGCAAGCUGCAGCAACUGCUGCAGAAUCAGAAGAACUCUUCUGUGCCCCUCACUGAGCAUUUGCAGAUUAAGGAAGCCUUCGAGAAAGAGGUUGGGCUCAUGAAGGCUAGCUUGAGACAGAAGGAAGAAGAAAGCCAAAGUAAAACCGAGGAAGUCUCCAAGCUCCAGACUGAGGUUCAGAACACUAAACAGGCACUAAAGAAAUUAGAGACCAGAGAAGUGGUAGAUUUGUCUAAAUACAAAGCAACCAAAAGUGAUUUGGAGACUCAGAUUUCCAACUUAAAUGAAAAAUUGGCCAAUCUAAAUAGAAAAUAUGAUGAAGUAUGUGAGGAGGUUUUGCAUGCCAAAAAGAAGAAAUUGUCUGCAAAAGAUGAGAAGGGAUCCCUUCACCUCAGCAUUGAGCAGGAGAUUGAGGACCAGAAGGAACGAUGUGAUAAGUCCUUAACAACCAUCACGGAGCUGCAGAAAAAAAUACAGGAAUCCGCGAAACAACUGGAGGUGAAAGAUCGCAAGAUAACUGAACUGCUCAGUGAUGUAGAAAGACUGAAGCAGGCGCUCAGCGGCCUCUCCCAGCUCACCUAUAGCGGUGGCAGCCCCACCAGGCGGCAGAGCCAGCUGGUGGACACUCUGCAGCACCAAGUGAAGACCCUGCAACAGCAGCUGGCUGACGCUGACAGGCAGCACCAGGAGGUAAUCGCAAUCUACCGGACACACCUGCUCAGUGCUGUCCAGUUUUUCCUGUGGGAUAUUGUGAAGAUGAUGAGGGUGAAUCACAGCCAACCUGGGAUUCCUGUGAUGAAGCCUUUGUCUUUCAAACUCUGUGUAAGUGAAGUUUGGCAAGCAACAUAACUCUUUGCCCUGAGUCAACAGUAUACUCUCAGGCCUUGGAAUCCCUAACAAAACAUGAGCCAUGUGAAUGGGUCUUACGAAGACGGGUUAGGCUGGAAGAAUCGUCUGAAGAUUUAUUUCAAAGAAGCUAAUUUGGUUGGUGGGCACUUUUGCAUGGAUGAGAAGACUUCAGGUCCUUGUCCACCCUGAGCCUGGUGUGGCUGUGAAGUGCUGUGGCUUGGCUGACCAGGCUGCAUCUGCUGAGGUGCUGGUUGGGUGCCUUUGGCUUCUUGUGGAGGCAGAGGUCCCCUUCUUGCACUGGUGUCUUUUAUGCCUUUUAAAGCAAGUUUCUUUUCAGAUGAAUGUGAUUUGCAGUGCUAAAUUACAUUUAGAUUAAGAACAGGCAGGGUGGAAUAGUUCAGGAAUUAAUAAAGAUUACCUCGUAAUCUCUAUGACAGUGUCUUAAUUUUACUUGUAGCGCUUUUUCUUGCCAUGGCAUUUAAAACAAGAGCAAUGACAAAUGAUACGCUAGAUUUUUCAAAGUGUCAAAAACUUUGCACUUUGUUUUUGCAGUUACUUUGACGUUUGCUACUGUAGUAAUCAAGCACUCAUUAUGCAGUCUCCAAAUGUUUGUGCUUAUUUAUAGGAAGGUUGUACUGAUGGGAUUAAUAAUGU